GUCCAGCUGCGAGGGUCCAGUCUCCAUGCACUGGGAUUUUUCUCAGCGCCGACACAUAGUGAAUCUUCCUUUUAAAACCAUCUGAUAACCGUGCCUGCCAAAAAAAAAAAGCCCACCAUGAGCGCCUCUUUGAAUCCUGACAGGACGGGACUCGUGAGGACAGAGUGCAGAUGUACAUAUAACGGGACGAGGAAACUGGAUGGUAUAAGGAUUUUUGCGCUAAUGAAGGUGGGAGUACAGGCGCAUCACUGGAGCGGGGUGCUGUUCUUCUAUAUGGGGCUGCUGGCUGCAUCGGUUAAGGCUCAAAACUGCAGUCACACACUACACAGUCCAAAUGGGACAAUAGAAAGCCCCGGAUACCCGUAUGGAUAUCCCAACUACGCCAACUGCACAUGGGUGAUUGUGGCACAGGAACACAACCGGAUACAGUUGGUAUUUCAAGGCUUUGCCUUAGAGGAGGACUUUGACAUCCUUUCAGUCUACGACGGGCAACCCAGUCCAACAAACUUACGGACACGGCGAGAUCCCAUUGGCUGACCCUGCCAUUCCAUUAUCUUUUUCUUUGUUCGCUGUGAAAUA